CAGACGGCGAAGCUUCAGGCCGUACAUUUGAAGCGUCGGGUGGGCCUCGCUGCUGGGAGUGUGGAACACUUCUUCAAUUCCACACGAGAAUUUCUGAGAAACGUGGUCAUUUAGAAGAAAAGUAUCCUCACGCCCAGUCCCUACGGCACCGGCGGCGACCUAGAACGAGGAAGAGGAACAAUGGUCUUGGAUCUCUGAUCUGCCAUUGAGCUGAUUGCAGAAGCAGUCGAUCGCUUUCUUCCUAAUCUCGUAGUAUAGGAGUUUACAGCUGGAAACCCCUUUGCUCGUCCGUCCAGGUUUUGGUGCUAAAGGAUCAAUUUUUGCUGGUAGCGAUCAUGGGUGACUCCACAGCGAUGACCGUCGAAUUUCUGCGCGCUAGAUUACUUUCUGAGAGGACAGUUUCUAAAGCUGCAAAGGAAAAGGCUGGUCAAUUGGCUAAAAGGGUCAUGGAACUAGAGGAGCAACUAAGGAUCAUGAUCAUCCAGAGGAAGAAAACAGAACAGGCAGCAACUGAGGCCAUAUCUACUCUCGAAACUAAUGGGAUGAAUGAUCUGUCUGAUGCAAUUGAUUCUAGCUUUGAUAAAAAUAAAAGUACUAUUGGCGAAAAAGGGUGCAAGGAACAUUUUAGAAGUGAACUCUGUACAAAGGCAAGUGAAGAAAGAAUUGUUAUUGCAGAUGCACAAUCAAAUUCUCAUCUUGAAAAUUCCUCCUCCCAACUCAUGAGCUUAUCACGGAAAAGCCAUCGUGGCAACCCAAAUUCUCCUCUGAAGCCAAAAGGAAAGCCAAUCAAACAAGGAUAUAGAGAAAAGAGUUUUAUGUUCUGUGUUGAGUCUUCUCCGAAGUACAGCUUGGGAAAGUCAUGCUACAAAAUAAAGCAGGAAGACAAGGGAUUGGCUUCUGCAGAUUUGGUAGAUCAUUAUGCAAUUAAUCAUGAUGAAUUUGCAAAAUUGUCUGCAAAUGUUUCUGGAAGUAGUACAUCUUUUCUAAAUAAGAAUGAAGCUGAUGGAAUUGAUAGUGUGAGAGAUGAAGAGAUGGAAAGAGUUCUAGAGCAGCAAGCCCAGCUCAUAGGACAGUUUGAGGCAGAAGAAAAAGCUCAACAAGAAUGGGAAAAGAAAUACAGUGAAAAUAAAAUUUCAAAUCUGGAUUACUCUGAGCACGUGAAACUCUCUUAUAUGACUGAAGUCAACGGUGAACUUCAAAAAGAUACAUUGACAUGUUUUGAGAAAAUAGCAUACGGAGAUGAGGAAGCAAAGCCAGAUGAUAUUGGGGUUUUCCCUGGGAUCAAAGAACCUACAUGCCCAUCCAAUAAUCAUAUGCUUGAGACAUUGUCAAAUGGUGAACGGAUUCUCAACACAUCAAAUGAAUAUGAUGAGCAUCCACUGCACAAUUCAUCCAAUGAUCAACAUUCAGGAAAAAUUAAUGACAGUAAUAAUGAACUUAGAAGUCCAGAAGUUUGUGAUGGUUUAAUGAGUCAAACACAUCAACAUGUGACAGACAGUGACGUUGAAGCUUGCUUUGUUGAGGUUACAUGGCCUAAGCAAUUACGUACUGUGUCAAGCUCUCUUCCCAAGAGUUGUGAUGGUCUAGUACAUAAAAAGGAUGAUCAUGGAUCUAUUAACAAUAAUAGCAUAAGCUAUAUUGACUCACUACCAAUUGGAAGCCAUUCCGCUCUUAAUUCCAAGAAAGAUUUACCUAAAUGGCAAUUAUCAGGCACUCAAGGACCAUCCUGCGUUAAACAAAAUCAAUCAUCCUGCAGCAGCCUACAAGUUCUUGAGGCUCUUCAACAAGCCAAGGUGUACUUGAGACAAGAUCUCCAUAGAUUGCCUUUGCCAGGUCUAGGCACCAAGGAUUUAACAUCGGUGACCAGUUACCAUGCUAGCACAACUAUGUCUGAUGAAAGUUUGAAAGGUCCCAUUGGUUCUGCUGGUCUGCUCAGAUUACCGAGUGAUACUUUCCAUCGAACACAAAACUCAGAUCAUGGAUUUUAUCCUUCAGGAUUGAAUUUAGGAAUUAGUUUUCCUCGUCGUGGGUGCGUCCUCACCACUGCGGUUGAUCAUCACUCAGCUAUUCCUUAUUUUGAAGCUGGGUCCAAGGCUUCAGCUAGUAAAUUUAACUUCAGUAAUUCUCAUCCAGUUAUGGGUCCUGCUUCCAUGAGGAAAACCUUACCUUACUCCUACUCAUGCUUGAAACCAGAGAGGACACCCUUGUCAAGAACUGGCUUUCCUUUUGAAAAGAAGAAUUCUAUGAGUUGCUCUCACCGAAUGGAACUUCCUCAUUCCAUCAGAUAUUCCCCUCCUAUUAAUUUGACAAAUGAAACAGCUUUCCGUAGCAGAUCUGCAAGCUCUGUGCACCAGCGCAAUGUUGAACCCUUCCACCUUGGUACUAAAGAGCCUCCUGUAAGUAGGAAUUCUCUUCCUCGUUCAGAUUUGAAAAGAGUUGGGAUGGUUCUUCAUGAUGGGCUUUUGGACCCUUCAUCUGAUGGAAGCAACCAAAUGUUGUGCCAAGAUCAGUGCUCGUAUGGUACUCAAGGGCAAAAGUCAAUAUUGCAUACAAUGAAGUAAGGUUUAAAAUAUUGGUUAAUUGCCUUCUCAUGCACUCCUUCACCAUUGGGUGGAUUUGUUUGGAAAAAUUAAAAUGUUUGGGGCUGUUGAUAUGAGAACUUGGAGCCUCUUCUUUGCUCAUGCUCAAAGUUGCCAAACAUGAAGUAUUUUGAGACUAGUUUGUUUAAAAGUAUCUCUUGCUACAUCAGAUUAGUAAUAAAAUUCAAAGUGUUUCUCCCA